GGGCUAUUUCUCAGUGCGGCGGCGGCGGCGGCUCGCGGGAGCGGUACCUUUUGUUUGGAGCGGCUGCGGGGGGGCCCCGGAACGGCGAGGCCGGCGGCCUUCCCCAGCUUGCUGGGUCCCGGCCGCCCCUCGUGGGGGUGGGGGGCCGCUCCCUGGGCCGGGCGUCUCCCUAGGCGCCGCCGCCCCGCCCUAAACCCGCCCUGCCCGGCCCGAGGGGAGGAACCGGCCGGGCCUCCUAGUGCGGCCCAGCCACCCCCGGAGUCGCUGCUUUCUUCCCCACGCUCCAGACCCGAGGCUGUCCCUGGCUCCUCAGGCCGACGCCAUGAAGAUCAAGGAUGCCAAGAAGCCCUCUUUCCCUUGGUUUGGCAUGGACAUUGGAGGAACUCUAGUAAAGCUGUCAUACUUUGAACCUAUUGAUAUCACAGCAGAGGAAGAACAAGAGGAAGUUGAGAGCUUAAAAAGUAUUCGGAAAUACUUGACUUCUAAUGUGGCAUAUGGAUCCACUGGCAUUCGGGAUGUACACCUUGAACUGAAGGAUUUAACACUUUUUGGCCGAAGAGGAAACUUGCACUUUAUCAGAUUUCCAACCCAGGACUUGCCUACUUUUAUCCAAAUGGGAAGAGAUAAAAACUUCUCAACAUUACACACGGUGCUAUGUGCUACAGGAGGUGGUGCUUACAAGUUUGAAAAAGAUUUUCGUACAAUUGGAAACCUCCACUUGCACAAACUGGAUGAACUGGACUGCCUUGUAAAGGGCUUGCUGUAUAUAGAUUCUGUCAGUUUCAAUGGACAAGCAGAGUGCUAUUAUUUUGCUAAUGCCUCAGAACCUGAGCGAUGUCAAAAGAUGCCUUUUAACUUAGAUGAUCCCUAUCCACUGCUGGUAGUGAACAUUGGCUCAGGCGUUAGUAUUUUAGCAGUCCAUUCCAAAGACAACUAUAAGCGAGUGACUGGGACAAGUCUUGGAGGGGGUACCUUUCUGGGCUUAUGCAGUUUAUUGACUGGCUGUGAAAGUUUUGAAGAAGCUCUUGAAAUGGCAUCCAAAGGUGACAGCACCCAAGCUGACAAGCUGGUCCGAGAUAUUUAUGGAGGAGACUAUGAAAGAUUUGGUCUGCCAGGUUGGGCUGUAGCAUCUAGUUUUGGGAAUAUGAUUUAUAAAGAGAAGCGAGAAUCUGUUAGUAAAGAAGAUCUGGCAAGAGCUACUUUAGUUACUAUCACCAACAACAUUGGUUCUGUGGCACGAAUGUGUGCUGUAAAUGAGAAAAUAAACAGAGUUGUCUUCGUUGGGAACUUUCUACGUGUCAAUACUCUCUCAAUGAAACUUUUGGCAUAUGCACUGGAUUAUUGGUCAAAAGGUCAGCUGAAAGCAUUGUUUCUAGAACAUGAGGGAUACUUUGGAGCAGUUGGUGCUCUUCUUGGGCUGCCGAAUUUCAGCUAAAGCAUCAGAUUUCUCUGCCAAUAAAUGUCAAAAGGAGCUGAAACUGGAGACAUUUAUCACUGCGUUGUCGGUCACUGGGAACCAAAGGAUAAAAGAGUAGCAUUUUCUUGUUUUCAAAUGUCAGGAUGGUAAGCUCAUGAGUAUUGCAAUAUUAAAAGUGAGAGCUGUCUAACAUGUCAAGUAUUUCUCAUUGAAAUGCUUUUUCUUUUGUAUACAGCCAGUGUUCAGGCUUUAAGUGUAGGCUAGCAUCAAAUUAUGUAGCUUCCACUCAAAAAGAUUUUGUUUAUUUUAUGUAGCCAACAUUGCAGUACUGUAUGCUAAAUCAAAUCGUAAAAGUACAAAAAAUGUUUUACUUAUGACAAAUAAUUCAUUCUGAGUAUUUGUUACAAGUUUGUUUGUUUGUAAUGUUUUGGCUACUUGUGAAUAGACAAGAAUAUACUCUUAUCAAAAUUUAUUGUAAUGGCAAUCAAAGAUGAUUGUUUAUGUGAUUUUUGGAAACCUUAUGGCAUUAUUGUAGUCUUUCUAAUGUACCCCCUCAGAAAAGCAUGUUUAUAUGAUCUUUUUCCAGAAGUAUAACUUUUCCUCAAAUGUUAUAGUUUAGUUGAAUAUAAUGAUUUAACUGAAAUACUGUCAGUGAAUGUUAGCCUGAAUUUUAAAAUGGCUGGAAAACGCACAUAUUUCUUAACACUACACUUUCUGUAUUUUAUGAAUUGAUCAACACAUGUUAAAAGAGCUAAUAUUUUUAAAUUGCAGGUUUAAUUAUUUUGGGGUUUAUAUAACGAGGUUCUUGCACUAUCCAAAUGGAAUAUGGUUUGUGUGAAUUGACAUUUAUGUUAGGUCUAAAUUUAUACAUUUCUUCUUGUUAAUCAGAUGUGCACCAUGAAAGCUAUGUUGCAAAAAUUUUCAGAGUUUUACAUUGACAGUAACAUUUUGGAGGUCCAGUAUAAUUAAUAAACUUGUUUUAAGUCUGUUGCUAACACUAUAGGAAAUAGAAAGUCUUGGGAAGAAAUUCACCUCUGUAAAUUACCAGUAAAUCUGUGUGUACUUUGAAGAGCUUAAAAAUUGUUUACAUUUCAGGAAAGUAUUAAUCACAUGUUUUCACAGACCCCAGUGUUGCUCAAUAGAGAGCAUUUUCAGUAGACUAUCAAGAAGUAAAGACAUUUCUCUGUAUAUCUUUGUAUUUUUGUAACCAAGUGUUUCAAAUUCAAUUUUCUUUACAUAAAGACAUGAACAUAUAAUAAUAGGACUGAGUACUUAAGGGGAAAAUCAUGUAAUGGUAAUGUUUUAUACUUUAGACAACUUGGAACUUUGAAUUCAAGUCACCCAGUAGCUAUUUUAUAAGCCUACAGUGACUUCACAUCACAUAUCCUGCUUUAAGAUUUAUGUAGCUGUGACUGGCUAUUGUAGCUGCAAUACCAUUGGUUCAUUUCAUUAUAAGUGUUUCUGGUUUGGGUAGUUACACAGAUAAUACAUUGAAUGGUAGUAACUAGAAGUUUUACACCUGCGUCCAAUGUUACGCACGUGCAACAGGUUUACAACAGUCUUUAAGAAAAAAAAAUAGAACAAAGUAUGUAAGUUUGAUCACUGUAUUUUGGUUAAUAUGAAUCUGUGAUUCAUGUUUUAGCCUUUGAAACUGAAAUUACUUGCUGAAAUGCAUGUAAAAGUGAACAACCAUCUCACCACUAUUGCUCUUAGCUUUUUCUUUAUAUAAUAUAGAAUUACUGUAUUAAUAAGAGGAUGUAGAAUUGUGAAGAAAAGACCAGGUGUGGUGGCUCACACCUGUAAUCACAGUACUCAGAGGCUAAGGCAGGAGGAUCACUUUGAGUUCAAGGGCAGCCUGAACUGCACAGUGAAAACCUGUCACAAAAAGACCAAAAUGAAAAAAAAAGGCUUUUGAAGAAGGCUGCCAAGAUUCCUUUUUUUGUUUGUUUGGUACUAGGGAGAACUCAUGACCUUGUACUUGCCAGGCAGGCACUUAUGCCACUGAGCUAAAUCUCCAGCCUCUAAGAUUCCUUUUUUAAAUUUUGAUCUCAAGAAAUUCCCUGAAAAAUGCUGUAAUAAAUAGGUUCGGUUCUAAAGUCAUAAUGUCUCAAAGGUGUGUAUCAGUAGUGGCGAACUGUGUGGCAUGGGUACCGCAGCACUGCAGCCUCUGGAAGACUCAUCACCACUGAUCUUUAUUCUUGAACAGUGCCAUCUUAACAGAAAUGAGAUGCAAACUUCACACUUAGUUACACAUCUUUACAUUUACUAGUAAAUGUACAAAACAAGUAACAGCAGGGGAAGAUCAUUUUAAUUAUAUCUUAACCCAAUAUAUGCAGGAUGUUAUUGACACUUGCCCUCAACACAAAAAAAUUAUUUGGAGAGAUUUUAUCUUUGCUUUUAAACCUUAGUCUUCAGAAUUAGUUUAUCCUUUACACUUGACACUGUAUCUCAGUUCGAACUGGUUGCGUCUCAAUGCUCAGCAGCCACAUGAGAGUAAUGGCUGCUGUCCUGGGCAGUGCAUUUCUAGAACUACCUCUUAAAAGGGAAGGCUGUUCUGUGCUCAUAAAGAUGUUCUGAACAUGGACUGCUUUUUAAAAAAGGAGACCCAUAUUUUUUACAUAGGGAAUAAGUUAUUUGGGCUUAUUUUAUAUAAACAAGGUACUUCUGAUCAUUCCCAAAAUGUCUUGAUAUUGGCACUCUAUCAUUUCGUUGUCGCAUAUGUAUUUCUUUUAGUGACACUGAUAAAGUUGCCUGAGAUACAUGCUGACAGUUUCUGACAAUCUCCAAAUUAUAUUCCUUCACUAGCAAAGUAGACAAUUCCAAUGACCUCUUAAAGUUCUAGGUAAACUUCAGCCAAUUUUUAAAGGAUUAAAAAAGAAAACCAUAUUGACCUCUAAUGGAUACUGAGUUCUAGAACCACUGCUAUGACAUCCCUCCAGAGAUUGCCUUUUCGCUGUAGUAAAGUUCUUCUACACCCAGUUAAUAGCCAAACGUGAAAUAAUAGUAAGAUAACAUGGUAGUUCCUUGCUCACCUACUCUAAAAUAUGGAGGAAAGUAGAUGAACUCUUAAUUUGGAUAAAGUCUUGCUGUUGCUAGUAAUCUUUGGUAAUGGAAAGCCCAUCAGGAAGUUUCAAUAUUUGCCAAAUACUAGACUCUUAAAAGUUUCUGAGCUAUUUUUACUUUUGAGUGUGUUUUACAUACCAAUUGAUAAAAGACCAGUCCUACAAGCAGAUUGAUGAAACUCAGUGAAGAAGUUUACCUUUUUCCAGUAGUAUUCUUGCCUUCAAAGAGUAGUGGAGUACUUUGCCUUGAUUUCUAAGGUUGCAUUCUUGGGUGGAAAACUUAGCCCAUCUAUAGUUCUAAGUAUCUUUUAUAAGCAAUUUUUUAAAUAUUUGGGCUAGUUGUGUCUCUUUUCUGUUAAGCACUUUAUGCUUUUUAGUAUAUUGCAUUUAAGAAUGUAAUUUAGAAAUCCUUCUAAGCCAUGUAAAAGCUGAUAAAGAAUAAUGAAAAUGAGUGUAUAUUAUUUUGCAUUUAACUUAACGUUUUGUGGUGUGUGUAAACAAAAUAGAAAUAUAUUGCCUUUUUAUAAUAAUACUGUUUGACCUUAAGGUGAUUGCCAAGAAAUCUCAAUGUCUUAAUUUCUAACCUACAUUCAUACUUAUUCUAAUGUAUUUUAUUUUAACACUGAAGAAAUUCAGCCUACUUGUUUUUAUCAUCAGAUAAUCUUAGAAACUAAUAUACUUUAUGUAACAGCUUUUCAGUAUUUAAGAGUCUUAAAUUUUCUGCUGAUCCUACUAAUGAAUUAAGACCCAAAGGGUGUGUAUUUUUGCAAAUAUUUUAGUAGCCCAUUCAGAGUAAUGGUGAGGUAAAAAGUAAAUCCUCCUGCCUUUUGACACAUCUUUUAAAUGACAGCUUUCAAAUGAUUUCUGUUUCCAAAAAUUCAAAUGUUUGCUCAAAGUAGCCCCUGUUGCAUGCUUUAUAUUACUAUUUAUUUGAUGGAUGUGAGCUUAUAAUUCGGUAUUGUUUUAUAACACUUGGUUUUGUGGUACAUGGGGGUUGAACUCUGGGCCUUGUGCAUGCUAGGUAAGCACCCUACCACUGAGCUACAUCUCCAGCCCUGACACUGAUCUAGAAGUAGUGCUGAUCACUGAUCUAGUUUCAUUUAUAAAAUGAGAGAAUUGGAUCAUAAUAAUUGGAAGUCACGCUCCUGAGAGAGACAGUUGCUUAAUUCUUGGCAAUCUUUGGAAUGACUAAAACAAUAUUUUCUAAUAUUUAGUCUGUUUCAGUUAAUUUUUAGUACUUAUAAUAUUUUUGUAAUUGUACAUGCUUUUAUUAAUAUGUUAAUGGAUACUAGAAUUUGGAUUCUCACCAAACCAGUAGAAUGGUAUUCAUUAUUCUCAUGUUACUGCCUCUGUAGUAGUUAAGUGGGUACAUCUUAUUUGAAGGAUUUAAAUAUAUAUAAACGUGAGUGUACAUUUGGAAUUUUUACUGUUAACUUUGAAAUUACAUGGGCAUUACUAUAGCUUUGUUUUUGUCCUAGAAAGCGAACUCAAGACCUCAUGCUUCCCAGGCAGGCAGGCACUGUGCCACUGCUAUAUCCCUGGCCCAAACUUUUUCAUUGUAUGAAAAUAAGACAUACCAUUAAAUUCAUGAUGCUGGAAUAGCAGGUAUUUUAGCAUUUUUUUGGUAGUCACUUUCACCUGUUUUUUUUUUUUUUUAACUUGUAAUCAUUUGGAGUAGGAACAGAUGUAGAAUCAUUUAUUUCUUUGUCCAAUACAUAAUUGACGGCAAAACUUACUUUUAAAAAGUUCAACGACAUAUAAAUAAGUUGAAAUCGAUUACUUAUGACAUCAAACAUUUUUAAAGCUAAAGUACUUUUUCCUUAGGAUUAUCUAAGAGUAAUCAGAUACUUGUCUGACGUUGCUACUUUUCUGCAUAUUUAAAAUACAGUGAUAACUGAUACUGGAAUUUCAGGUACUGGUUUUGAAUGCUUGAAGGGAACUUGGUUUUAGGAAAAUCUAGAAGCGUAUUUUUGCUCCUUUCAUAGUCAGAAAAUUAUUUUUCCUUUUGAUUUUUUUUUUUUUUUGUCUUGCUGCAACUGCCGUGAAUUUUAUGUUUAAAAGAACUAGUAAGAAAUGUAUUUUUUCAGUCACGAAUGAAGAUGAAAAUCAAAGAUUUUGAAUUGUGUGAAUAUGCAACUAAUUCAAUUUUAGAAUAUUCUUGUGCUUUUUUUGUUUGCUAUUUUGUUUUUACACAUUUGUGUAUACUUACAAAUAGUAACACGUACAUAAAUGUAGUUUGUGAUUAUUUUAACUUUAUAUCAUAUCUGAAUUUCAUACCAAUUUAGUCACUUCCCACAAUACUAAGCAAUUUUGAAAUUUGACUAUUUUUUCCUUAAGUGGUCCCUUUUUAGUUUUCAGCAGUUAGAAAGAAAAGAUAACUGUUCAAACCUAAUACCGUUCCGGGUAUAUAAUUAAUGGUGUUAAGAUAUGAAUAACGUUAAGCUGUCUUACUAGUUUCGUACAUUGUGUGUAUUUACUUUUUAUUUGAACUACAGUGAAACACAUUUUGACUGAAGUUGAAUGCAUUCUGCCCAGGUACUGACCAACCGUGUCUAAAAGAUGUUUCUGUCCCAGUGUAGGCAGUCUUUUUUUAAAUUGGGAGUUAAUUUUACAUAUGCUGUUUGCAUUUGUUUCUUUACUGUAUUGAGUUCUUGUCACAUCUAUGCUUUGUCAUGUCUGUAUUUUUCUAACAAUAAAUCUGUGUUGUACAAAAUGUAUGAUGUGCUACAAAUUUUAUGCAUAGUAAACUAAGUUAUAGCCUAUGUAACCUGUAAACAUUUCUUGUAAAUUACCUAAUUUAUUUUUCCAUUUCUGUACAGUUUCUUAUGUAAAUUUUUAAUAUAUUAGUUGUGGCCCAUUCUGUAAACAUUCCCAUACUAUUUUCUUUAAUGCUUACUUGCAUGACGGAAACUUUGGUUUUGUUCAUUUGUAUUAUAUAGCAAUUAAGCCAGUUUUAAUACCUGCCUUUUCUGUAGUUUUAACUUUUUCUAAUUUUGUUAAUAUUUUAAAUACAUGUUAGAAUCGUGCUUUUUAUUUCCUACUUUCCAAAUAAAUUCUAAUUGUUUACUAAUUUAUUUCAUUAUUUCUUUAUUCCACAGAAUUGUACUCCCACAUUUGUGCUCUGAUUAAAUGUUAAGGUUGUAACAGAUGACAGAGUGUAAACUCCAUGAGAACAAGGACUUUGUAAAGACUUGUCCACCUCUGUAUCUCCAUAACCUGGUGCAGAGGAGGCACUCAAUAAAUAAAUACUUGUUGAAUGAGUUAA